GGGCAGCCGGCCAGAGCUGUAGGUGGUUCCGAGUCCGCCUUUUUAAAAGUAGAACUACCACUGUGGCGACGGAAGGAGGCGUAGCUAUGUGGCAACCAUUUUAAGAAAGGAGACGCUUUGAAUUUAAUUCCAGAAGACUACGUUCAGGCCAAUUGUUGUCCUGCUUUUUUCUUUGCUUGGCUUUUGUGAGCAGCCAACUGUUUUGAUUUCAGAGGUUCGUCACCUUAAAUUGGGGAUCCGGCAGAGCUAAGCCGGUAGUGAGGUGAAGGGCGGGCCUCUCUGUUAACGGCAGCCCAGCCUAUCGGCGGCUCCACCGAGCGUGCGCCUCCGGACUGGCCAAUCGCCGUACGACUCGACCCAUCUUCCGCCAUGCUAACGCUGGGCAUGUGCCGCAGCGGCAAAAUCUAGAGAGGCGUAUUCGUCCGCCUUGGUUGAGGGCGUUGCGCAGCGGUGCUGGCCGAUUCUCCUGGGCCCACGUGGAAGCAGCGCUCAGGAUGCUGCGCCGGGAGGCCCGCCUGCGCCGGGAGUACCUGUAUCGGAAGGUCCGCGAGCAGGAGUGGCAAGCGGCGCAGGACAGGAAGGAGAAGGUGCGGCGCGCGCUUGAAGAGAACCGUCUGAUUCCAACUGAGUUGCGCAGGGAGGCUCUGGCAUUACAGGGGUCCCUGGAGUUUGAUGAUGCCGGCGGUGAAGGUGUGACCAACCACAUGGACGAUGAAUAUCGAUGGGCAGGGGUUGAAGAUCCCAAGGUCAUGAUUACUACCUCCCGAGACCCCAGUUCCCGCCUUAAGAUGUUUGCAAAGGAGCUGAAGUUGGUGUUCCCAGGUGCCCAGCGCAUGAACCGUGGCCGGCAUGAGGUUGGGGCACUAGUGCGAGCCUGCAAAGCCAAUGGGGUCACUGACCUGCUGGUUGUCCAUGAGCACCGAGGCACACCUGCCACUUGCCUUUCGGUCCCACUGCUUACUUCACACUCUGCAACGUGGUCAUGCGGCAUGACAUCCCCAACCUGGGCACCAUGUCAGAGGCCAAGCCUCAUCUCAUCCUGCAUGGCUUCUCCUCCCGCCUGGGCAAGCGGGUCUCUGAUAUACUCCGUUACCUGUUCCCUGUGCCCAAAGAUGACAGCCACCGGGUUAUCACCUUUGCAAACCAGGAUGACUACAUCUCCUUCAGGCACCAUGUGUACAGGAAGAACAAUCACCGAAGUGUGGAGCUAACUGAGGUUGGGCCCCGCUUUGAGCUGAAGUUGUACAUGAUUCGCCUGGGCACGCUGGAACAGGAGGCCACAGCAGAUGUGGAGUGGCGCUGGCACCCCUAUACCAACACUGCACGAAAGAGGGUCUUCCUAAGUGCUGAGUGAGCCCACUCGCCAGUCAGGAUGUGAACCUGGACCUGGGAGGUGGGGAGGGGUCAGAAUAAAGUCUGUGUGCCACGUG